GGCUGCAUGGAGUUCUGCCUUUGCCUGCUUUGACUUGGUCUGGGAUUAAAAAAACAAUAACGUAAACAAACGCAGUUCGUUAAUUUUUGUUGAUUAUUAUUUUCAUUUUCUAUUAAAUAUUUGUUGAACUCGUAAUGGUUUAUAGUUAAUUUAAGUAGUAGUUUGAUAGGGAUAAUAACAUUGACUAGUAUGUAAAUUGUUCUAAAUGCUAAGCAAACGUUAUAAAGUAAAAAACGAAUCUAUUGUUCUCUCUAAUCAUAUAAGAUGCAUAUACUCUGCACGAUCUGCAGUGACAUUGUGAGCAGUGCAGAGAACAUCUACGCUACAAAAUGUGGGCAUUUGUUUCAUCACCACUGCCUGUCUCAGUGGAUAGCCAGAUCCAAGACAUGUCCGCAAUGCCGCAACAAGGUGACGUCUGCGUGCAUGUUCCGUCUGUUCCCGACGGUGUCGUCGGACGCGACGCUGGAGGACGCCACCACGCUGCAGUCGCGCCUCGACGACGCCCAGCUGCAGCUGCGCCAGCACCGCGCGCGGCUCAGUGACCUUGAGGACAAGGUCAAGGCCGCUGCGGAUAAAGAGGCUGCUAGCAUUAAGAAGCUGCAGGACAGCCAAAACCGACUAGUGUCAAAGGAGUCUGCCAUCACGGGGCUGCAGGAGCAGCUGCUGUACCUGAAGGUGCAGAACAAGGAGACCAUGCGUCUGCGGGAUGAGAACGAACAGUUGAAGAAGAACAUGCAGACUCUUACUGCACUGCAGGCGGUGCUGAACGCGUCGGCGGCCGAGGUGGAGGGCAUGCUGGCCGCCUACAGCGACGUGCGCACCGUCGCCACCUUCGCCACCGCGCUCAAACGCGCGCUGUGCGACUCGGAGAGCAAGAAGGCGGAGUCUCGCGCCAAGCUGCAGGAGGCGCGCUCGCAGCUCGCCGUGGAGAAGAGCAACGUGGCCUCGCUGCACCGGGACCUCUCUCUGCAGCGCGAGGCGAACGAGUGCCUCCGCUCGAAGCUGGAGGAGAUCAACGGGCGGCACGUGACGAAGCGCGGCGCCCCGCAGGACGCGGACUCGUGGCCGGACGUGGAACGAGACGCGCCCAGCCCCAAGCUGCGCCGCGCCGGCACACAGCCCGUCGACAGCCCCAACACCUCCGUGGGCACGCUGGCGCGGCGCAUCGAGCAGGCGGAGUCGCCGUACCUGCAGCUGCAGCGGAGCUCGCUGGCCCUCGCCGCGCUGCAGCAGCGCCGCCCCGCCGCCGCCGCCGCGACCGGACUCAAGCCGGCGGAGCAGGCUCUGUUCAACGCGGGCAAGGCGGCGGUGGCGUCCAAGAGCCAGGCGGCGGCGUCGCCCUACAGCAUCUUCCACAGCAAGCAGGCGGCGCGCGAGCAGCUGACGGGCGUGGGGCGCCCCGCGGCCGGCGCCGCCUUCGACGGGCUGGGCGGGCACGCGCGCCUCGACCCCGCGCCCGCCCCGCGCCCCACGCCCGCCCCGCUGCCCCGCGUUUCGGCGCGCCACCGCCUGCGCCGCCCCGACCCCAACAAGACGCACCCCCGCCUCGACGCCUUCCUCGACCAGGCCUACUACCACGGCAAGCCCGCCAACACUUCGUGACCGAGACACACACUCACUCACGAACCCGCUUAUGAAUGUUGUAGGUUCCGGGAACGGACGUCGACGACCGCAGUGAUGUGACUGUUAGUUGAUUAUAAAGUCAAAGUCAAAUAUUGUUAUUCAUCGUAAAAAUAUAAAAUUUUCUGAUGAACGUCAAUUUUUACAAACUACUCUCCGUUCGGAUAAGGGGGCUCUUUCGGUCUAAGGAGAAGAACGGA